CGUGAGAAAGCUCACAUUCCCAUUAUGUCGGUGUCCGGUCUGCAUGUGUGAUGAGAUCUCAAUUCAGAGUCUCUCUCACACUCAAGAUCUUCCCACGCAGAGAGACAGAAAGAGACGCAUGCGCACAGGACUCCGCGACAUUACAUCUCUCUACCUCAAUCUCAUUAUCUGAUUGCAUGUAAGAUAUGGUUAGGCCCUCAGGCUCAGCAAAGCACGGAUCAGCGAAACUUGUUCUGACGUGCGUGGGGCUAUUAGGGUUUGCUCUCGUCGCCGAUUUCCUCUGGGCCUCGUCUUCACGCUUCAGUUCUUCUUACUCCUCCAUUGCCUCCAAUUGGGCUUCUCCUGGUCAUACCUCGCAAAACACCGUAAUUUUGCCCAACAAGGAUGAACCUACAAAAUCCCCCAAAAAGGAAGAAGCUGUUAAGGAUAAACAAGCUGCUACUGGAAGACUCUUAUCAGCAACUUUUGCUGAUUUACCUGCACCAGAAUUAAAAUGGGAAAAGAUGGCAGCUGCACCUGUGCCUCGUCUAGAUGGCGCUGCAAUACAGAUUAAGAAUCUUCUAUAUGUUUUCGCCGGAUACGGCACAAUUGACUAUGUCCAUUCACAUGUUGAUGUAUACAAUUUUACUGAUAAUACAUGGGGAGGAAGAUUUGAUAUGCCGAAAGAGAUGGCACACUCACAUUUGGGAAUGGCAACGGAUGGGAGAUACAUUUAUGUAGUUACAGGUCAAUAUGGUCCACAGUGCAGAGGGCCUACUGCUCGUACAUUUGUACUUGAUACUGAGACAAAGCAAUGGAGGGACUUGCCCCCUUUACCUGUGCCUCGGUAUGCACCAGCAACUCAACUUUGGAGAGGUAGACUCCAUGUGAUGGGUGGCAGCAAGGAGAACCGACACACACCUGGAAUAGAGCAUUGGAGUCUUGCUGUAAAGGAUGGAAAUGCAUUAGAAAAAGAGUGGAGGACUGAAAUACCCAUUCCCCGUGGAGGGCCUCAUAGGGCUUGUAUUGUGGUUGAAGAUCGGCUUUAUGUUAUUGGUGGUCAAGAAGGCGAUUUUAUGGCAAAACCUGGAUCACCAAUUUUCAAGUGCUCUCGUAGGAAUGAGGUGGUAUUUAGUGAUGUUUACAUGCUGGAUGAUGAGAUGAAAUGGAAAGAGUUACCUCCAAUGCCGAAACCAGAUUCCCAUAUUGAAUUUGCCUGGGUGGUUGUGAACAAUUCUAUUUUUAUCGUUGGGGGCACAACAGAGAAGCACCCCGUCACCAAGAAAAUGGUUCUAAAUGGAGAAGUAUUCAAGUUCAACUUGGACACUCUGAAGUGGUCAGUUAUUGGGAAACUUCCUUACCGCGUGAAAACUACACUUGUUGGAUUCUGGAAUGGAUGGUUGCACUUCACCUCAGGACAGCGAGACAAAGGACCAGAUGACCCGGCACCAAAGAAGGUGAUUGCAGACAUGUGGAGAACCAAAUUAUAAUUGUUCUUGUGAACCAAUUUUUCCUAUUUCACUCUUUUCUGCCCAACCCAUUUCCCCAUAUCUUGUAAACUAGCAAUCAAAAUUAGUAAUUAAGAGAAUUAAGGGAGUGGAUGGGGCUCCCCCAUUGGUAGGCCUUGUAAAUGGUGUAAAAACUUUGAAUCCAACUGAUUUGGUACAUUCUUGUUGCCUUUUAUUUAUUUAAUUAUUUAUUUAUUUUCUCUCUUA